AUUUCCAUCGAGCUUUUCGCUCCCCGGCUCUGCAAAAACUUGGCAGAGAGAAAGAAAAUAUAUAUAAAAGAAGACACACAGACCAGAGAGUUUGUACAAACUCCGAAAACUCACUCAAAUUUCGAUCGAGAAUCCCUCAACUUUGCCAAAUGGGUUCGUACAGAAACUUGCAGUUGCAGGCUUUUUUCACAGCCGUCUUUACUAUUAUUAUUAUUACUUCCAUGCACAAAAGAUGUGCCUCGAGAGAGAGCUCAGACCACCACCGCUUCUACUUUUCACUCAUGGCCUGUGACAAUAAUAGCUCUCUUUUUAGCCUUAUUAUCACUCUUUUCUCUUACCCUUUAAGCCUCAUUUAAUCCCUGCAACCACGGUAUGACUGUAUGAUACAUACAUUUAUGUACCCUGCUGAUCUUGCAGAACCUACUUGGCUACUUCCUUUCCUUUUUUUUUUUUUCUUUUUUUUUUUUGCUUGUUUCUGGGUAGUAAUUAUCUUUGUCAGAGGGCCGAAUUACAGCCUCUGCCACAGACUUUUCGUAUACCUUUCGCACCUAACAUCAUUUGCCGCUUCUUGUUUGUUACUUACUAUUACUGCUGCUGCUUCUUUGUUACUACUACAAGUACUGCAACUAUAGCUGCUUAUUACUACUUCAAGUAGUGGCAGCAGUUCUUGCUCCGUCAUUUUCUUUUUUUUUUCACUCUGUGCUUUGAGUUUGGGGUUAUUUUAGAACUGAGAAUUGGUUUUAAAUUUGUGGGCAAAUGGCUGCUCCGUCGGGUUCCUCUUCGUCGGUGCCGUCGCUGCCCCCACCACGUCCAAAGUCGCCGCCGGAGUAUCCAGAUUUAUAUGGGAAGCGCCGUGAAACGGCCAAGGUCCAGAUGCUUGAAAGAGAGAUUGGUUUUCUUGAGGAGGAAUUAAAAUCCAUUCAAAGCCUUCAACCUGCUUCUAGAUGCUGCAAAGAGAUUGCUGAUUAUGUGGUGGCAAACUCGGAUCCCUUUUUACCUACAAAUCGGAAGAAUCGCCGGUCCUGUCGCUUCUGGAAAUGGCUAUGCAAAAUGCCCUGUUUUAACCUCUCUUGGAUCUGCUGUUGCUGCUGUACUGGGUGCUCCCUUCAUUUAGAAAUGCCACGCUGCUGCUAUGACUGCUGUGACUGCAAUCUAUGUAGCUGUGGUUCCUGCGGCUGCUGUGACUGCAACCCAUGUAACAGUUGUUCCUGUGUUAGUUGUCAUUUUCCAAAGUGGCGGUGUUGCUCUUGUCCCCGAUCACAUUGCUGUAGAAAAGUCUCAUGCAGCAGAAAGUGUUGCAAUCUUCCAACUCCUUCAUGCCCAGAUUGCUCUUGCUGCAUAUGGAGAUGCUCAUGUCCUAAAUGUCCGAAGGUACGCCCUUGUUGCUGUUGUACAAAAAUCUGUUGUAACCCUUGCUAUCUAUGUUACUAGCAUAUUCAUGCAAAUUCCAUCAGAAGCUUUGUUCUCCAACAUGUCAUUUUAUUUUAAAUGCUGUAUAAAGUUUGGAAAUAUAGAGCGCUAUAAGAUAGUGUCUUCAUAUUCGUUACAAAUGGACGUCAAAUAGAUCUAUGAAGGAGGUAACAAUGUCUUCUACCCUGCAUCCUU